CUAGCGGCGGUCGGACGAAAUGUUUACCGAGCAAGCAUAGAGUGUUGGCGAGGAAAGUGACAGUCACACUGGAGGCUCGGUGUAUGGUUAAAACACAGGUGAUUUCGGCUUCCACGGUUGCAUUUUGACAGCGGAAUGUUCACUCGAAGGGGGCAUGGAGACGUCAAGAAAUCUACACAGAAAGUUCUGGACCCAAAGAAGGAUGUACUGACCCGACUCAAACACCUCCGGUCACUGUUAGAUUUCAUUGACAAGAGUGAACUGAAGGCAUUCUUCGAGAGCAACUGUUCGCAGAUUUAUUUUAUCUUCUAUGAAAAUUUCAUUACACUGGAAAGCAACUUAAAACAAAAAGGGAACAAAUCUCAAAGGGAGGAGCUGGACUCUAUCCUCUUUAUUUUUGAAAAAAUUCUACAGCACCUGCCUGAGAAAAUCUACAACCGGUGGCAGUUUCACAGUAUAGGUUCUAUUCUGAAAAAGCUUCUACACACUGGAAAUUCAUUCAAGAUCCGUUGUGAGGGGAUCCGUCUCUUCCUGCUGUGGCUGCAGGCCCUGAGGGACAACUGUGCUGAGGAGCAGUUUCUUAUCUUUGCCUGUCUGGUGCCAGGAUUCCCUGCUGUGCCCUCCUCCAGAGGGCCCUGCACCCUUGACACCAUCAUUUACAACCCCUUCUCCAACCCCCCUGAUGCCAAGGUGGUGCCUGAAGAGAUUACCCCGCUGGUGCCGGCUGUGGUAGGAGAAAAGGUUGCAGAUGACCUGACGUGUUUCAUCCUUGAAAUUCUGCUCAAGUACAUGGUUAUCCAGGCAUCUAGUUUAGAAUGGAGGAACAAAGAGAACCAGGACACGGGCUUCAGGUUUCUCUUCAGCCUGUUCAAGAAGUACUACCUUCCACACCUCUUCCCCUCCUUCACCAAGCUCACAAAUCUCUACAAGCCUUUAUUAGACCUCCCCCAUCACAGACCAAAACCCAUGUAUGUGUCAGUGAUGCGGAACAGUGAGAGCACUUUCUGCACCAGGGACCAGUACCUGGCACCCCGUGUGGCCUUCAUCACCUGGCUGGUCACCUUCUUCCUGGAGAAGAAGUAUGUCAGCAGUGCUGCUGCGGCGCAGAGCGCCAAGAACGGCACAGAGGUCAUUCCCAAACUCAUCCAGACUGUCACUGCAGGCAGUAGCAGCCAGGAGAAGGAGAAGGAUAAGACGGAUGGGGAUACAAACGGGCCAGCGGGGGAGCCUGAGAAGAGCCACUCCAACAGCAGCACGCUGUCUGAUCGUCGGCCCAGCGAUUCCAGUUUGUGUAGCAUUGAAGAGGAGCACCGCUAUGUGUAUGACAUGGUGCACGCCAUCCUGCUGUCCACAAGGGACAAUGUGAAUUUUGUCAACGAGGUCUUCCACCAGGCUUUCCUGCUGCCGUCCUGUGAGGCAUCAGCAAUCAGGAAGGUGAUCAAAGUGUACAGGAAGUGGAUCCUGCAGGAGAAACCCAGCUUCAUGACAGAGCCCGACAAAACUGCACAGGAAGAUGAAGUGGAUGACAGCUCUGAACAGAUACUCAGCACAGAGGCCAACAACAUGCACGUACAGAUGUUGGAGAGUCACGGUCACAGACGGACGUCCAGCUGGGGGAGGACCUACUCGUUUAGCAGCGCCAUCAGUCGGGGCUUUCUCACAGAGGAGCAGAACAGGGACGUGAAGGCUGGCAUCCAGCCCACACUACAGGUGUUCCUGACCAACUCAUCCAAUGUGUUCCUAUUGGAGCCGUGCCAGGAGUUACCUAAACUCCUGGACAACCAGGUCGAGGUGUGCAAGUGUGUUCUCAGCAUCUACCGGCACAUGAUCAUGGAGCACACGAUGGACACACAAACAUGGGAGCAGAUGUUGCAGGUACUACUGAGGAUCACUGAGGCGGUGAUGAAGAGGCCACAGGAAAACCAAAGAAAAGACAACUUUGCUGAAAGUUUGGCAUCUAUACUCUUCAGGACCAUCAUCGUGGCGUGGGUGCGAGCCAACUUGUGCGUAUUCAUCUCCCGGGAGCUGUGGGACGAGCUGCUGGCAGUGCUGUCCUCUCUUACCUGCUGGGAGGAGCUGGUGACAGAGUGGGCCAGCAUCAUGGACUCGCUGACGGCUGUGCUGGCACGCUCAGUUUACGGCCUGGACAUGGCCAGCCUGCCUCUGGACAAACUCAGCGAACAGAAGGAGAAGAGGCAGCGAGGACGUGGAGUCAUUCAGGAUUCCCAGAAGGCAGCAGCAGUGGCUCGCUCCUUUUCACUCAGUUGGAGGAACCAGGGGGAGCAGAGCGGGCCGGGAGUUCAGGAACCCAUGAGGAUACGCUCUGCCACCACAUCAGGAGCUCCUGGUGUAGAGAAGGCCCGUAACAACGUCCGACAGAAAGCCUCUGAUGUGGAGGAGUGUCAGCUGUCAGAAUGUGGGGCGGAGGAGGAGCUGGGAGGUGGAGAUAGCCCUCUGCCACGUAGCAGCAGCACCUCAGACAUCACCCAACAACUGUCUGAAACGUUACCAGCCCAGAAGAGAGAGUACUCCCCUACAUCCUGUAGCUCUGAUAGCAGGAUAUCUGAAGGAAAAAGAGAGAGCAGUGAGCCACCAGUGAUUCUCAUCCAGCCGAGCAGCAGUCCAACUGAGGUUGAGUGCAAUUCUGAGGGACACACAAACUACACAAGGCCCAAGCUCAGAGAGAAAAGCGAGAGUUUAAGCAGCGAGACGUCCAACGGCUACCUCAACGAGGCUGAGGUUACCUGGCUUGAUGAGGAGGCUGACACUCAGUCCACCCAGUCAGCCCACAUGGACGUUACAACUGAUCCCCAGAGCCAGGGGAGUCUGCUGCUCAGCCACAAUGAGGCUCUUGCAGACAGCAGUGAGUGUCUGGCUGAUGAUGUCAGCAUCAUUGCGGGUGGGACCCUGACUGGUUGGCACGCUGAUUCGGCCUUCGUCCUAUGGAGGAGGAUUUUGGGUAUCCUGGGAGACGUCAAUAGCAUCCGCUGCCCCAAAAUCCAUGCAAAGGUCUUCUCCUAUCUCUACGAGCUCUGGCACAAGCUGGCCAAGAUUCGAGACAACCUUGGGAUCAGUGUGGACAACCAGUCUUCUCCCCCCCAACCUGCCUUCAUCCCUCCUCUCCGAAUGCUCGCCUCCUGGCUCUUCAGGGCCACCAUGCUACCAGCAGAGUACAAAGCUGGCAAGCUGCAGGCGUACAAGCUGAUUUGUGAAAUGAUGACCAGGCACCAGGAUGUCCUCCCCAACAGCGAUUUCCUGGUGCACCUCUACCACAUCAUGCACAAGGGCUUCACUAGCGGCGACCAGGAUGUUUUGAACACCAUCAUCCGUUCCUGCUCCCCUCGAUUUUUCUUCCUCGGCUUGCCAGGCUUCACCAUGCUGGUUGGAGAUUUUAUCACUGCUGCUGCCAGCGUUCUCACUUCUGACUCCUCAGAGGCUCCCAGGAUGGAGGCUCAGACAAUUCUGGGCUCCUUAGUGUGUUUCCCUAACCUUUACCUCCAGAUUCCACUACUGCGAACUGUGCCUGGCUCUGAUGACGUUGUCGUAGGCAACGAGGACAUCAAGGAUUAUCUUGUCAACAUCCUUCUGGAAACGGCAACAAAGGAAUACUGUGAAGGUGCCAGGUGUAUUGCUGUGUGCAGUCUGGGUCUUUGGGUGUGCGAGGAGCUGACGCAAAAGAACAUCCACCAGCAGGUCAAAGAUGCCAUCAACGUCUUGGGAGUAACACUAAAGUUCGGGAACAAAGCAGUUGCUCAGGUAGCCUGUGACGUGUUUCAGCUGCUCAUCUCUCACUGGGAACAUCUCCAAAGGCUGGAUCCCACUCUGCCUAAGAAAAUAAUUGAGAUCUUUGUGGCCACAAUAGCCUUUUUGUUGCCGAGCGCGGAGCACUCAACAGUGGAAUCGGACAAAAAGUUGAUGGUGUCAUUGCUGCUCUGCCUGUUGGACUGGUGCAUGGCCGUCCCCCUGAGUCUACUGCUGGAACCUAUAACCAUGCCUUCACCGGAGGACCACAUAUCCCACAAGGCCCCACUACUGGACUACAUCUACAGGGUGCUGCACUGCUGUGUGUCCGGCUCCACCCUUCACACCCAACAGAGCCACUACCUCCUCAGCCUGUCAGACUUGUCCACCGACUACGACCUCAUGUUAGGUCAGGUGAAGAGCUUCGAGCCGCCGCCCACCCAGACGAACACCAACGACUUUGGCAACUUGCUCACUGUAGCCGAGGAAAAGCGGCGUCGUAACAUGGAGCUGAUUCCUCUGACAGCACGGAUGGUCAUGACACACCUGGUGAACCAUCUGGGCCAUCAUCCGCUGAGCGGCGGCCCCGCCCUCCUCCACAGCCUCGUGAGCGAAAAUCACGACAACCCGUCCGUGGAGUCGUCCGAGCUCUCCUCCGAAGUCUUCAAAAGUCCCAACCUGCAGCUGUUCGUCUUCAACGAUAGCACGCUGGUGUCCUACCUGCAGAUCCCCGCCGAGGCCCCUACUGUCGGACAGCCGCCCCAUCCUUCUUCCCAAGUGCGCGUCAUCGUCCGGGACAUCUCGGGGAAAUACUCGUGGGACGGCGCAAUCCUCUACUGCACCACCCAGGAAGACUCUGUCGAUAUGGGGAUUUUUAACGCGGUGGAUCGCCCUCUUUCUACCACCACUACUGUCACACACAGCAGAAACAAGGCCACCUCUCCAGCAAAGGGACUGUACAAAAAUCACGGCUCGAUCUCGGACUCUCUCUCUGACUGUUGCGACGAGGAGGAGGUGGAUGUUCUGGAUACGCUUUUAGAGGAACUGGGCAACGGCAGCCCAGAGUGCCUGACACAGCCACAGCUCAAGCUCAACCAGCCGGCCUCCUCACCCUGCGGCAUGAACCUAGAGCAAGAGGGCGCAAUCCUAGAGGCCAUUCUACGUCAGACUCAGCAGGAGGACGAGCAAGUGAGGAGGUGGGACGCCGAUGUCAGCUUUCGGGCCGCCAGCCAGGGAGAACCCUCCCAUCAGGAACCAAAAGCUCCUUUCUACUUCUGCCGACUGCUGCUUAACGACCUUGGCAUGAACUCUUGGGACCGAAGGAAAAGCUUCCAUUUGCUGAAGAAGAACUCCAAACUCUUAAGGGAACUGAAGAAUUUGGAUUCCAGGCAGUGCCGAGAGACACACAAGAUUGCUGUGUUCUACAUUGGAGAAGGCCAAGAAGAUAAGUGCUCCAUCUUGUCCAACAGCGCAGGCAGCCAGGCCUAUGAAGACUUUGUAUCUGGACUGGGAUGGGAGGUGGACCUGGCCACACAUUGUGGCUUUAUGGGCGGCCUCCAGAGGAACGGCAGCACAGGUGUAACAGCUCCGUACUAUGCUACCUCCACCGUGGAAGCCAUCUUUCACGUCUCCACGCGAAUGCCAUCGGAUUCUGAUGACUGCCUCACCAAAAAGCUGCGUCACCUGGGAAAUGACGAGGUGCACAUAGUGUGGUCAGAGCACACCAGGGACUACCGACGUGGCAUCAUCCCAACUGACUUUGGAGAUGUGCUGAUUAUCAUCUACCCAAUGAAGAACCACAUGUAUUUCAUCCAGAUCAUGAAGAAACCACAGGUUCCUUUCUUUGGGCCUCUGUUUAAUGGCGCCAUCAUCACCGGGACGCUGCUACCAAGCUUAGUGCGGGCCACCUGUAUCAAUGCCAGCAGAGCUGUCAAGUCCCGGCUGACUCUCUACCAGAGCUUCUACGAGGAGCGGGCUCUCUAUUUGGAGGCCAUUGUUCAGAACCACAGAGAGGACAUGACCUUUGAAAACUUUGCCUCGCAGGUCUUCUCCCCGUCUCCUGGCUAUCUGAUGAGUGGGACAGGUGAGAGAUUAACCACACUGCACUUCUGCCCACCUUUUAUGUUCUUUCCACUGCAUCUUUUAUGCUCUUUUCUUUUCCGCCGCAUCACUAUUUUCUUUAUUACGUUUCCACUUUUUCCUCUCAUGCCCUCAUUUCCCCUUCUUCGUCACCUCUCUCCUCGCUGCUUUAUCCUUAUCAGUCUCUCCUCCACCUCCUUCACAAAACACCUGUCUGUCUCCGUCCCCUCCUCCAAUUCCCCCCCCCCCCCCUCCAUUCUCUCCACUCUUCUUCCACGCCUACGCUCUCUGAUGAAUAUCAAACAACAGGCCCCGGCUCUUCACGCCAUCCGACUGACUUCAAACACCGCUUUCUCCACUUCCUCAAGCCCCACUCACGCAACCUUGUUUAUCUCUUCUUGUUCCAAACUGCAUCUUUCCAUGCAAUUACUUUCCUAUGAAUAUAACCAACCUUGUUAAACGGCGGUUGCACAUUGCGUGUCUGUGUGUGUGUUUGCGUGUGUGUGUGUGUGUCUGUGUGUGUGUGUGUGUGUGUGUGUGUGUGUGUGUGUGUGUGUGUGUGUGUGUGUGUGUGUGUGUGUGUGUUUGUGUGUGUGUGUGUGUGUGUGUGUGUGUGUGUGUGUGUGUGUGUGUGCGUCUUCAUGAGCUCAUUCACCAACACUUAAGAGAUCCAGCCCGACAGACAGCAGGUUGCGGAUGUCAGCACAGUGCUCUUAUCAGUCCAUGAUGAAUAGAAUGGAAAACGUGUCUUAUCUUGUUCUUCCUACUUGUACCAGCUGUGAUCGAUCGGCAACAGCACCGAAAUCAAUACAUGAUUGCACUUUUCCACUCUAUUGGAUCCCGACACACAUUCUGUUUUGACAACUCCACAAUACCACACCGCGCACGUCUCGUCAUUUUCAAGUCUGUCAGCGCCCGUGUGUGUUUUCAUGGGUCUCUUUUUUAAAGUGUAUGUAAUAUUUUCAUUGUGUAUGUUGGCACGUGAAAAUUAACUGUCUGAAUUUUCUCGAGCCGCACGCCUGUUAGCGAGUACGCGUGCAGGACUUUAAAUUGUGAGACAGCAGGUGUGAUAUUCAAGCUGCAGGAGACAAGCAAGAGGUGGACAACCACAUUACCAUAGUGCUGGCCCAUGUCUCCUGCUGAGGUGUAAACAUCUCCUCAGACUGACCUCCAAUCAUCUCUUUUCUUCUCUCAGCACCAAACCCUCUUAAAGACUGAGGAAUAGGUGGUAAAGUUAAAAAAAAUUAGAUACACACAAAGUGGAAAGAAAAGAUAAGAAGGGGGGAGGAAGUGAGUGUGUGUGAUUUUUUUUUUUUUUUUUAAACAAGAAAUAAAACCUUUAAUUUCCCAAAGCUUGAUCCUUUAUAUCUCUUAGGAGAUGUGGUGGACUAUUUCAAGCAUAGGUUGCCUCCGCUGGGCAGAGAGGGGUUAGAGAGGUUAGCCAGGCUAAAGAAUAAUGUUUCACAGCAUGGGACACAGACUGCGGCUAAUGUGAGAGGCCGUAACAUAAUGAAGUCUGCGAGGCUGUUGUGUCACCCUCACUGCUGCGGAAACUCGUUCUGAACGGUGAUUUGUAUUUCUCCGGAAUCUACGCUUGUAAAUAGAUUAAUUGAUUAAUGCAAGGGUGCGUUUAUGUGUAUACGUGUGUGGCGAUUCAUAUUUUAUCCAGGACAACCCGUAGGCUACUGUAAACAGUCACUUUCCUGUAGGUUGACCAAUGUAGGAGCGCUGUUGAAUAAUUCCACAAAUCACCUUUUGGUUAGCAAUCUUCUACAUAACAGGGGAAAUUGGGCCACCGGUGGGUUCAUUCACAUAAAACAUUCUUUUUCUUUUGGAACACCUACAAUUUGCAAAGAUAGCACAUUUGUAAGGAUGAAUUUUGGUAAAAUAAGUAUCAAAUAAUGCAGAAGAUCUAGUUUAUUUCUGUUUAAUGUGAGUUUGAAUAUUUCACUGCAAGGAUCAAGCAGACACAAUAUACUAUGUAUGUGUCUCACAGUUUGGGGGGGGUGUUAUUUUCAUUAUUGAUUUUCUUUAUGAAUCAUAUGAUCUAAAACAUAUAAAGUAGUAAAAAAUGCCAUUCGUGAUUUCCUAAAUUACAAGUUGAUACAGUUUGUUUCCUCAAUGAUGUGUUGAAUGCUUUAGGUGUCAUAUUUAAUGUGUUUAAAUAUAUUUUAUCAGUGUAAUCUCUCAUGCCUGAUACCCCAUGUCCCAUCAAGCAUAUAGCUUCAAUGUGGCAGUGAUGGCUGGCUGUACACUGCUCCUCAUUUUCACCUUUCUAAAAAUGUGCUCCUGCCCUCUCAUGCCUUUCGUGUGUCCAUGUGUGCGUGCGUGCGUGCGUGCGCUUGUAUGUGAGUUUCUCCAUUCAUCAAGCUCUGGCUCCCAUUGCUGCCACUAACAUGUCAUCCAUGCUUCAUGACAGCGUGCAGGCGUUGGCCGGGGAUGGUUUGGGACAUGGAGUACCCCUGGGCCAAACUGGACUGUAAGACUAUGCUUGCUUCCUCCACUCUAGGCAUGACGCCCAGCUACAGCCCACUAACAUCUAUUCAUUCAUUUAGGUGACCAUAAAUCCCAUCAUCACCAUCCUGUAACUGGGGCUGCACUUGAUUUAACCUUUUUUGCAACAAGCAAAGCAGGUCCAGACUUGAAGUAUCCUGCAUGCUUAAUGCUGUAAGACAUUUAACCUUUUCCCGCCUUCCUGUCAAUCAUCCAUCUCUAUCCCUUCCUGGUUUUGUCAGUAACCUCCACAGCCUCGUCCUCCAUGAUCCCGAAUGCAACCUCGCUGUCACUCCUGCAACCUCAGUCCAACAUCACGGUUUCCUGCAUGAGCUAGUCCAUCUGUACGGAUCCGAGACUCCAUCCUCCGUGUUGUGUGACACCUUGCACUGCUUUGCUCAGUUUUUUUUUGUUUUUGUUUUUGUUUUUUUUUGUUCAUUUUAGAAACUUUUUCAGAUAAAUGAUGGCAACUAAAAAAAAAAGAGAAAAAGGUUCUUCUCUCUAGUGGAUAACAACUUAAAAGCUCCCAUGACCUGAGGUGCCCCCCACACCUCUCUUACUCUUUCACUCUAAGCCUCUCUAGCUGUAACAUUGUUGGUAAAUGCUUCUCUGCCUGUUGUUGCCACGUGAACUGCCCGCCAUCCGUGCUUCGGAUUUCAAAACUGCCUCACUUUUGAAAACUGUAAAUGGGACAGAUUCAUCAGGUACCAGCAGACGUUAUGGCUUUCAAAAAAAAAAAAAAAAGUGGCACUUGUUGAUUAACUCCUCACCCGAAUCAGUUAACCCUGUCUGACUUCCAGUGACAGCUGACUAACCUGGACGCCACACACGCUGCCUGAAUGUCGCUGCAGCCUCCUCCUAUCAGCAGCGUUGUGUUGUGUCCUGCUGCAGUGUGGUUUGGUGUGUGUCCACUGCUCUCUCACAUGAUGCUCUACUCUGUUUU